AUGGCGGCUGCGUUGGAGUCGCAUGUGAGGGCAGCGCAAAAAUUUUUGACGAGCGUUCGGCAUCUUCCGUCAUUCAAAGAAGCUCGGAACAAGCAAGUGGAGCUUGUCGCCAAGAAACUGGCAGCUAACCCACUUUCAGUGGAGCAAGCAGCCAGUCUGGUUGCGUUGUUAGAUGACGGAAUAUGGGAAGAGCAUCUGGACGGAUUGAAGGGAUUAUUCUGCCUGACGGAAGGAGGAGGCAAAAAAAAUGCGCCAUUGCAGGAUUACUUGGCGAUGCCUCACUAUUUGACAGCUGCCAUGUGGAAAGUUUUGUCGGAGGAUCAACGUUCAGUUGCUCUGGAAAAAUUGUGUCGCCACUUGAGAGCCUUAGGGUUGAAGAACCCUUCAGAGGUCACGCAGGGCAUGGUGCUUUGCCUUGUGUUUGAUUUGGAGGGUAAUUUGUUGGGCACACAACAAUGGGCCGUCACCCUGCGAGAAAAGGCAAAUGUGCAAAAGUAUUUGAAGCAGGCAUCACAUGGACCUUUCUUGAUCAAUUUGCCACAUGAUCGCUCGGAAUGCUCAUCGGAAGUGAUGCAACGGGUAUUUGGCGAUGAGGAGCCAAUGGAUUGCAUUGUUCCCUACGAGGACUUGCUGGCCCGCGCCAAGGAUUGGCCGAUGCGCAACACGCAUCGCUUUGCCCAAGGGAAGCAGCAGCACCUGGGACCUGUGUUGCCUUCCGGUGAGGGUGGCGAUCUGAUGAACCAGAUGGGUCAUUUCGUCGCUGGUCUAAUGAGAGGCCAAUCUCACUCUGACGCGUCUUUGCCUGGCUUGAAAUUUUUUUCCAAAGAAAGGAAGGAAGAACGGAAUGUUUCUGCGCCAGCUUUGGCUUUGGAGGACAAGAAAGCCGAAGUUUCCUUGGAGCCUGCAGCUGAAAGUACGGUCAAUAUAGAUCGCAAGCCUUCCGGCGAGGAUGCCGUUGCCAAGACAUUGCAGGCUUUGCAAUGUGAGCUGCAGGACAAACCCGCUGUUGAGGCAUCUGGGAAGACGGGAAAAGGGAAAGCAAAGAACAAAGUGAAGAAGCCAACCGCGAAGAAAUCGCAAGCUACAAAGAAGAAGCCUGCAGCUGCACUUCGUCGCCCGGCUGCUUCCGCGGCUAGCGCGCGUGGCACCGCGCGUGCUGGAGAAUCUCGUGAGGCAAGACGUCUGCGGCUGAUCAAUGUGUUUGUGCCCAAACACAUACAAGCGGAGUAUCGCGAUGGCUGCAGCAAGUGCUAUUACCGAAAGGGGUGCACAUUGUCUUGCUGGAAGCUGAGGGGUUUCGAGAUGAGAACGGCCUGUACGGGGAGGUCGCGUUGGAGGUUAGCUUCUUCGACCCACGUGGUCACCUCCACAUUGACCUACGAGGUCAAGUCAAGCCCCUACGUGGGGAAAAGUCCUACGUGGACGUUGACCUACGUGGUCACUGCUCCAUUGACCUACGAGGUCGAGCCCCUACGUGGGGUAAAGUCCUACGUGGACAGUGACCUACGAGGUGAACGCAUGCCGCGUGGCGCUAAAGUGUCGCCUUUCUCUCCAGCUGCUGACUACGACAGGGACACGAGUGAAGAGAAAAGCGACACAGAAGAGGCGCCGGCGAAGUCAGACGAGGGAAAGAAGUCUGAGAAGAAAGAACGUGCCCGUUCCAGUGGUCGUUCGAGGAGAUCGCGUAGGCGAUCACGCAACGCCAAGCUGGGACGUGAUCCUAGCCACUCGUACAACAAGCGCAGGCAGGAAAGAAAAAGGAGACGUGCAGAAGGGCAUGGACGCCGUCGGCGGGGUCGGGAGCACAAGAUAGAAGACAAACGGCGCCGCUCAGAAAGCUCUGAGGCCAAGCAGGCAGCCGCGGCCAAGCGGGUGUCCCAGUCAGCGGUACGUCCGCGCAGCCCUGCCUGGGAUCCGGACAAACCCCGCACAAAGCCAUGCAGCCAUUGCGGGUAUGAGAUCACGACGCAGCAGAGCGGCCGCUUGCAGCACCAAUGGGCCAGUCGGAAUUGUUUGACAUGGCAAUUCUGGAACCAGCUGGAUGAAGGGAUCAAGAAAAACAAUCCAAAGGCAGGCUGGGACAAGGCCAAAAAAGCAGCCUUUGCUCUCUAUGAGAGACGUCGAAUGCAGGCGGCACCAUACCAAGCUGCUGGCGAGUUGGCGCCCCCGCCGCCUUUGCUUCUUCGCUCCCGCGCUAGCGUUGCGCGUAGCUCAGAGCCGUUGGAAGAACUGGAAGAAGUUAGGGUUGAAGAAGAGCCCGCUCCGACAGCCACACGGAGGAGCCGCGCGCCAAGCGCAGCGCCUGCCUGCGUAGCGCCGCGCGCAGAGCAGGGGCAUGCCCCCCCUGCUGCUGCGACUGGCCCAGCUGGCCCUGCUGUCCCUGCUGGCAGUACGACUGCCCAAGGUGCUGCUGUGGGACAGAAACAGCAGAUUGUCAUCAACAUCAACAGUGCCAGCGCUGCUUGGUUCAUAUUCUGCGACACGAUCACUGCCGUUUUGACUGUGGCAGAGUGUCAUGCUGCCUUGCGCGGCGAAUCUGACGUGGAGGCACAGAUCAUUCGACUGAAGAGCCUGUUUGUUUUGACCUUCAAGUGCUCCAUGAAUUGGCACGGAAUGGAAGAUGAUGAAGUUGUUCGCCUUCGCUGCUUCCGGUCCAGCUGGGAUGCUGAUGCGCUGGCACGUCGGAUGGAACCCGACGAUGAUGGCGUAUCCUUUGUGGAGAAAGCCCAGGUGGCUUUGGACCACCUGCAGUCGCUUCAGGAAGUUGCAACGCAGCUGCCGGAGUGCAAGCAACUCCCAUGGAAGACCGUGCGGGCACAGCUGAUAGCUCUCCAGACGACGCGGCAUAUCAGUGAGACGACGUCUGACAUCACGACGGAAGAAUUGCCGUUGACUGUUUGGGAAACGCGAGGCUGGCCGAAAGAAACGGUCGAGGCAUGCCCUCGCGAGUGCAGUGAAACUCUGAAACUGUACUUGUACAAGGUGCCAACAAAGAAGGUUGUUUGGAAAGAAAUUCACCAGCAGGUCAGCGAGCGAAUCCUGAAGCAGGAGCAAGAAGCUUGCAAGGCCCGGCGAAAGAAAGGGAAGAAAGCAGGUUCCGAAGAUGACAUGGACCUGCCUGAGGAAGUCGAACCAGAAAAAGAUGCGCAGAAGAACGAAAAGAAAGAGGAGAAAGCUGCAGAAGUGGCUGCGCGCAAGACGCAAAGUGCUAACAAUAAGAAGAACAUGUUGGCAGCCAAAAGCAUCGGACAGUUGAGCAACGAUCUGCAAGCCAUGGAGAAAGCUUACAAGAAAGUGUCCAACCUGCCGGACAAUGUGGAAGCCGCAUGUAAGGAUGCAAUGGCAAAGGUGGAACUUUGGGUGGGAGCUGCAAAGUCAACCAUGCAACUGGCCGAGGAUGAGCGUGCCAAGGCUGGGGAAGUGGCGCUGCCGGAGCUUCCUUACGACAUGGUGGAGGUACGCACCUUGCACCAAACUUGCACGGAAGUCAUCAAGAACUUGAAGCCUUACUUUCCUGCCCCGAAACCGAAGCCUGCUCCCAAGCGCAAGGCUGAAGCAGAGGAGAAAGGAGAGGACACAGGAAAGGAGAAACCUCCGACCGGCAAGCAUUUGGAAAUCCCUGCCAUAGAAGAUGGCAACUUUGUCACCAUGCCGUGCAUGAGUUUGCCUGCGCUUGUGCAAGCCAAGGUAAACGCAUGUGCCUUAUACAAAGCCAUGUUACAUGAGGCCUGCCAAGCGCACAACGGAGAACUGACUAUGGUGUUUUACACGGAUGAGGUGACAGGCGGCAACGUGCUAAGUCCUCUCCUUGCGCCAGAGCUGUCCAAAUGGAUCUCAGUUGAUAGCUUGCUGUACGACAGCAUGCAUAUCUUCUUCAACAACGGACAAAUUUGUCAGCUAUUGGGCCAAUGGUAUGCAAUUCUUGUGCAGCAUACGACGUUCACCCUGUGCCAUUUGCAAACGUAUGCAUCGCUUUGGACCCAGGUUCGGGGCAGUCCUGCUGCGUGCGGCCCAAAACCCGCUAAGUACUUCAACGCAAAGCUGUGGCGUGCUGAUGGUGACUUCCGUCGUGACGCGGAUGCUGCUGCUGCUGUGCUGGCCCUUGUGGUUGCCUUUUGUGAAGAAGUCUUAGUCGUGGAAGACAGUUUGACACCGUACAUCGAAUCCAUGCAGUGCCUACAAAAACUAGUCUGCUGCAUUUGGGCAUGCAAAGUUUCGCCGUCAGCUGCGCUCCAACUAGAUGAACUGCAGAAGAAACAUUUUGCCGCAUAUGCAAAAGCAUGGUCAAGAGAAACUAUGCGGCCCAAGUGGCAUUAUGGAUUGCACGUGCAAGCUCAAGUCCAAAGGUGCAACAAAAUGCUUGACACGUGGGCCCUGGAAAGAAAACAUAUUUUUUUCAAAAAAUUAAUUACUUUACUUCGUGUGAUCCCCACCAUGACAUUUAUACAUUUUCUUACUGGCAAAUCUUCUGGCAUUCUAUCUGACAUAUCUUCUGACAUUCUAUUUGACAUUCUAUCUGGCAUAUCUUCUGGCAUAUCUUCUGACAUCUUUCUGACAUUCUUUCUAACUUUUUCUGACAUUCUUUGUCCCAUAUCUUCCUACAUGAGGUCCGGCAGGGAACAAUGGCGUGGAUACUCGCGGUUGAGGUCCGGCAGGGGAACACUGGGCGUGGAUGGUCGUGGUUAG